CUAAACGUAAAUGAGAAAUCAGAUAACUACGAAAUCUAUUGCUUUACGUACCAUUGGCAGUACCACCAGUAGUUGUACUUAUAAAUAUAUAUGGUUGUACCAACCCAGUAUUAAGCCACAAUUGGUUACUUUUAGAACUAAGAGCAUAACGAUAAACACACAUCAUGGCAGGAAAUCUGGAGGAAUAUUUCAGAAAGACCUUUGAAGAAAAGCUGCUAAUCAAAAUCCCUGAGCAGGAGGAUGACCAUCUUAGUCCAGCAACACGACUCCUGGAGAAGCGAAGGGAAAUGAGUGAAGUUGAAGAGGCACUCAACAGCCAAAAAGAGGAGUACGAGUUAAAAAUGGAGGUCUUGACUCAGCGCACAGAGGAAUGGGAGAAAAAAGAGCUGCUACUGAAGCAAUCUGUACAGAAAUUCGACAAGUUUCUGAAUGAAAAUGACGCGAAGAGGCAUCGAGCAAUUAAGAAAGCGAAUGACGAGAGAGAGAUGACAAAAGUCAAGGUUACUGAGAUAGCCAGAUUGAAUGAGGAGCUGAAACUAGUGUCGAAAGAGCGAAAGCGAUUACAGGAGAAACUUAACAAACACAUUGUCUUCUACAAGUUUCUCGAGAAGACAGUGGAAAUGGCCGAGGAAUUCCAAGAGAUACGCGAGAUCAUAUCUCGCUACGACACUCUGUGUGCAACCCAUCAGUAUUUGCUGAACAAAGAGAGUAGGAGUCAGGACAUGAUAGAACAAGAAAAGGCGAAGCUGAAAAAGUUCACUGAGGAAAAGAAACAAUGAGAUCUCUCCCUGCAAAUACAACAGUUGGCAGAGUUAGUCACCCAGUCUGGAAUAAGGCAGCAGAGUGAAGCUGUGAAAUGGGAGUCUCGAUGGAUGCACAUCAAGAACACGGCCGCGAAGAAAACGUUGCUGCUUGGCCGCAUCAAGAUGGCAACUCACAAUUUAUAUCAGUUAAUCAACAAGAGCAAGAAACAAGAGUUUGAGGCCCAAGUUGAUGACACACUGGAGCAAUUGAAUGUGAUCCAGCAAUUCAUUCAAGACCUGACGAAUAUUACGACCGAGAUUCGCAAAGCCGAUGCAGAGGGUGCUAACAAGGUUGAUGGUAGUGGAGCCGCCAUUGUUGGUCCUGCAACCACCUAGUCCUUGCUGCAAAUAUUACUACAAUGUCCCCUAAAAUUCCUGAUGAAGCAACUAGAGCUGCUAAGCGAUUAGGUGCAAGUUUUACGUGUACAGCAAAGCCGUGCUAACCAGGCAAACCAUGAGAUGAUGCCUAAUAUGUAUAUAUGUUCAUAACACAUGUUGAAUAUCGGCAGAUUAUAUGUCGAGACGUUGGUGCUAUUGCGCGUACAUAAGCAUAUGUCCUAUUGUGCAGAUAAUAUUUAUUCUAUUGUGCAUACAUAAUAAAAUUAUAGUCAUAAAACUGAAUAUAAUACUCAAAUAUAAUACUGAAUAUAAG